AUGCAUUUAUUUGGGCCAGUUUCUGCUGCGCGAACCGCCGCCCGCAGUAGGUGCCAUCUGCCGGAGCAGCAGCAGCAGCUCACGGUAGCGGCAAUCUUUAGCAGCAGCAGCAGCAGCACCAGCAUCAGCCGCAGCAGCAGCACCAGCAUCAGCAGCAGCAGCAGCAGCAGCAGCACGGAUUGGAUCUUUGUCUUAGAAGCAGCAGGCCGCUGUCGUUUGCUGCUCCUAGAGGCGGCAGCGGAGCCAACAGCUUCCGCAGCAGCGCCGUCGGCUUCAGCAGCAGCAGCAGCAGCAGCAGCAGCAGCAGAAGCAGCAGCAGCAGGCAAAAUGGAGCCCCAGGAGCCGGAGUCUCUCGAAGCUCUUUUCUCAGUUUUCAAAAGCGGCGCUGCAGCGGCAGAAGCUGCACCUGCAGCAAAGAAAGCAGCCGCAGCAGCCAAAUCGGAAGCUGCUGCUGCUGCUGCUGCUGCUGCAAAGAAUGAAACCAAGGAAAAGAGCAGCAGCAGCAACUCCAAAAGAGGGGGCAGCUCUUCGCAGCAGCAGCAAAACAAGAAGAAGCGGCGGGGGGCCCCCGCAGCCCAGGAUGGGGCCCCUGGUGGGAAGCGGCAGCCGAAGGCGGAGGGUUUGAGCGCGUCGGGCCCUGCAGCAGCAGCAGCAACAGCAGCAGCAGCAGCAGCAACAGCAGCAGCAGCUGCAGCAGAGGGAACGGACAACCCCUUCGCAGGGGCCCCUGCUACUGAUGGCCUCAAAACUCGAGUUUUGCUCUCCGACAAAAAUUGUCUUCAUGAAGUUGUUUAUCCCGAGUCUGUUCCGACUCGCUUUAGGGACUUCCCGCUGCAGACAACAAUCCCUGCUGCUGCUGCUGCUGCUGCAGCAGCAGCAGCAGGGGGCGCUGCUGCUGCAGCUGACGGCGGCAGCAAGGACGGCGGGGCGCCAGCCGCAGCAGCAGAAGCCGCCGAGGGGCCCCCGCAGGCGGAGGCCUCCGAGAGCCCUGCGUCUGCUGCUGCUGCAGACAGUGGGAGCCCUGCUGCUGCUGCAGCAGCAGCAGCAGCAGCAGCAGCAGCAGCAGACGCAGCUGCAGCGUCCGACGCCCCCGGGCCCCCCUCCCGCGCGGCGUCGAGCUCCCCCGCCCCCGCAGCACCCACACCAGCAGCAGCAGCAGCAGCAGCAGCACCCACAGCAGCAGCAGCAGCAGCAGCAGCAGCAGCAGCGCAGCAGCAGCCGCGAGUUGCUGCGCGUCAGUGGAAGUUCGUGCUGGACAGUUUCCAGCAGCGCAGCAUUUUGUGUUUGGAAGCAGGAGAGAAUGUCCUUGUUGCUGCUCACACUUCCGCGGGCAAAACUGUUGUAGCAGAAUAUGCUGUUGCCAUGGCCCUCCGCGACAAACAAAGAGUCGUCUACACCAGCCCCAUCAAG